UGGUCGCACGCAAAUGACGUUCCGUGACGUCAACGGGUACCAAGGCAGCUGGCUGUGAGGCCUAGUUUUUGUGGUUUCGGAGAUUUUGAAGAGCACCGGUGUUACAGUGACUGGUGUUUGGAAAGCAAGCGCGAGUUUCCGUGAUAGAAGGGCUGGUGCAACAAGACAGGAUGGUGCCACACAAAGCAAGCAUCCCUGAAAACAUAGAUAAGAUUGACAUGUCCCUGGAUGAUAUAAUUAGACUUAACAAGCAAGAGCAAAAGAAAACUUUGUUUAAUGGAAGAUCACCAGAAAAUUUUUCACGUCAAUUUCGAAGCAACUGGCGCAGGUGGAGAACGCAACGACAGUCAGACUGGUAUUACACUAAACGAACGCUUCAAAAUCUUGAAAGAGCAGAGGUUGUCCCAAUCUCUCAGCAAAGGCAGCAGGUUUGUGACGGUGGGAUGAGAUCUCUGCCCUGCUAACAGAUGUUUGUGUUUGUUCCCUUUUUGUUUUUCACUUUGACUUUUACAAAUUGCAGAGACCAAAGCCUAAUGUCUCGUGCACAGAAGCUUCAGAACUUCGAAACCUCCUCUUCUUUAAAAUAGUGAAAAACUUUUUUGUAUUGUUUUUACUGUGAAAUAUACAUAAAGGAACACAAUCCUGGGAACGCAAGAUACAAAAUGGAGUUAUCAAACCAGGCACCGUUCUGUACAAAGCCAAGAUACCUUUAUAUAAUUACAAAGUUCAUGGUUACUAUAUUUUUAUUUUGUUGGACAUAUUCUUCAUAUUAAAAAAUCGAUGAGUGAUAGGCUUUUUUUUUUUUUUGGUUCAUUCUUGUACAGUUUUAUUGUACAAUUUUAUUUAUGUAUUUCUUCCCUCCAACCAGCACAGAGCGCAAGAGAGUAUGUUUUGGAUAUGUGGACACGUCUUGCAGUCAAAUAAUUUUUGAUUCAACAGCUUCAGUUUUUGCUCAUCAGUUUUUUGUUUAGCCAUUGACCAACUGCUAUAGCCUACACUGUUCCUUUAGUGCAGAGCAUUAAUAGCUCAGAUUACAGCCAGUUUUAACAUUUAUUUGAUUUGUGUAAAGAAGUCCUUAUAUUUUUUAUCAUCAUACAGUUCUAGUGGUGAGAAUUUGAGUGGCUCAGUUCUGUUUAAAAAAAAAAUUGAUUUGUAAAACGUAUGAGUGCUUCUUUUUGUGCAAAAUAUCAGGAACAUGUUGUACAUGCAACCCUGUGCGCCAAACGUCUGCAUUAUAAAGCAGCUGUGAACUUUAAAAAAAAAAAAAAAACUGCCAUGGAGAUAAAAAGUCCAGUUUCCAUCUGUUUGACCAAAUGUGGUGCAGGUUCAUUCCUGUCUCUAUCUCUCUGGAAAGGGAGCACAGAAUAAACAAUGUCUCGCUGAGCGAUCCUUUUUGCUAGAGUUCUGUUUAUUGUACAUCUUACCUCUCUAUUUCAUAAUAAACUGUUCUGCACUCUU